AUGUCCAACACCAUCUUCUUCAACGCACAGCACUCUCCUAUAGGUGCUUUUGCUUCGUUCACUCUCGGUGAGCGUGGUGCCAAGGGUGGUUUCGGUCAUGAAAUCGGUAAGCCUGCUGACCAAAACGUGUACAUUGGUUUGGAGAGUGCCACCGAGGAAGGCACAUUUGAUAUGUUGCCCUUCUAUGGUGCUCCAGAUGGUGUGUUGGCCAACUACACUCCUGAGGAAAUUUCCAAGCAUUCAAAGGUCACUCGUAACUUCCCUGAUGAAGCCAUCGAGCGUGAAUACCAUGCCUGCAUCGACACUUGGCGCGCCGGUGACUUGAGUUUCCGCAUCACUAGCCCGGUGAAGAAAAUCCCUGAUCCGGAGACAGCCUCGGAAUCGUCUCUCAAGGAUACUUUGCUGCCCGUUGUGUUUGUGGAUAUGACGGUUGACAACAGCGAAAGCGAUAAACCUCGUCGUGUGGUGUUUGGUUACGGAUCCACUGAUUCCCAAAAGGACUUUGCACUUCACUAUAUGAAGCACAACCACAAGAACAUGGACCAACUCAACGGUAUUGGAUGCGGACGUAACUUUGCUAUUGUUUCAUGUAAUGGACCCAAUGACCCUGUGCAUGCCCGAGUUGGUUUCGAGAUCGAGACGUUGGUCACGUUGCCCGAAGACCCCACGACUUCCCUCGGUGGAUGUGCUGCUAUGGUGGCCACCAUUCCCCCUAAUGAAGAGAAGCAUAUUCGAUUUGCCAUUUGUUUCCAUCGUGAAGGUAUGGCUACCAGUGGUAUGGAUGCUCGCUACCUCUACAACCGUUGGUGGAAGGAUGUUCGUGAAGUCGCUCAUUACGCUGUGGAGCACCAUGAUCGCCUGGUCAUGGAAUGGCAAAUGCCCGAUAACAAUCUUUUGAUUGUUCCCCAGCUCAGUGAAGAUCAAAAGUUCCAGUUGGUGCAUGCUGUUCACAGUUACUACGGUAGCACUCAGCUUUUGGAGUUGGACAACGGAAAGCCUUUCUGGAUCGUCAACGAAGGUGAAUACCGUAUGAUCAACACAUUGGAUUUGGUAGUGGAUCAUGCUUUCUUUGAGUUGACCAUGAACCCUUGGACUGUCAAAAACAACCUCGACGCUUACGCCGACACCCACAGUUACUAUGACGAAGUAUCUUCUCCCGCUGACCCUACCAAGUUAUUGCCCGGUGGUGUUACCUUCACCCACGAUAUGGGUGUAGCCAAUCACAUCAGCCCUCCUCAAUACUCCGCAUACGAACGACCUUUCCUCACUGACUGUUUCAGUUACAUGUCUUGUGAAGAAUUGACCAACUGGAUUCUCACAGCAUGUAUGUAUAUCCAUAUUAGCAAGGACGCUGAUUUUGUGUCCAGACGUCUUGGUCUUAUCAAGGAGUGCCUUCAAAGUUUGGUCAACCGUGAUCACCCCGACCCUGCCCAACGCACUGGUGUCAUGAAACUCAACUCGUCCCGAACCAAGGGAGGAGCUGAGAUUACCACCUACGACUCGCUCGACACUUCAUUGGGUCAAGCCACAGAAAACAUCUACAUUGCUGGUAAAUGCUGGGCUUCUUACCUUGCUUUAGAAAAGGUGCUUAGAGAUGCCAAUGCCACGGCCGAAGCCGACUUGGCUGCUACCCAGGCUGACUUGUGUGCACGCACCAUGGUGUCCGCCGUUGACAAAGAAUCCUCCUUGAUCCCUGCUAUCAUCAACACGUCCACCCCCCAUGCCGCUCGCAUUAUUCCCGCCAUUGAGGCCCUUGUCUACCCCUUGUUCACUGGUCGCAAGGACGCAUUGGCCAAGGACGGAAAGUUUGCUGAAUACCUUCAGGUUCUCACUGAUCACUACCAAGCUAUUCUUAAGCCUGGUAUCUGCUUGUUCGAAGACGGUGGCUGGAAACUCUCCUCUACAAGCGAUAACUCAUGGUUGAGCAAAAUUUACUUGUGUCAAUUCGUCGCCCGCAAUAUCCUUCACCAAGAUAUCGACCCCAAGGCCGAUGCUGCCCACGUGGCUUGGCUCACCGCCCCUAAGAACACCUACUGGGCAUGGAGUGACCAAAUCAUUGCCGGUGUCGCGCUCGGUAGCAAGUAUUACCCUCGUGGUGUCACCAGCAUUUUGUGGUGCACUGAAGAUGGCAACUUGUAAAUUCUUCGUUGCAGCAAUCGUGAGGGAGGCAUCUUAUAUAAAUAUAAACAAUCUGCUCUAAAAAAAAU